AUGGAAAAGGAAGUAGAUCCAGAAGUGAUAAAGUCAACUCAAAUCGCCCUUGGAAAGUAUGUAAAGCGCCCACCAUUGAGUGAGAAAUUACUAAAAAAGCCCCCUUUUAGGUUUUUACACGAUGUUAUAACUACAGUCUUGAAGACCACAGGAUUUUUUGAUAAAUUAUUUGAUGAAGAGGAGCUUAUUUCGGAUAAUGUAAAAGAUCGAGACAGUAAAAUCUCAUUUCUUAGCAAAGUCAUAUUUGUUAUAAGUUCUACUACAGGCAAAUCAUUAUCCGUAAAACCUUCAAAAAUCGUAGCAGGUCAGGAGUCCGAAAAAACAAACGAGCUUCUACAAUGCCUAGCACUGGCAUUGGAUAAUAAAUUAUCUUCAGAUAAAGCUGUGAGACAAUACAAAGAUAACUUAAAAUCGGCUCAAGAACCUGACGCAAAAACUAAGGAACCCAGUAAAUCUAUUAAAAAAACAACUGAUUCAAAAAAGUCAACAUCUAAGGUCAAUGAAAAGUUUUCUAAUCAGAAGACUGAUAUUUCACGCACAACAAGCAAGCAAGACAAAGAAAAAUUCAACGAUGUUAAAUCAAAACGGAAAGAAAAUGGUUCGAUUAGAGGUGAAUCCCAGAAAACACAACAAUCAAAAAUGGUUACUAAAAAUAAGGGAAAGAAUAUUAAAGAAAUGCACAAAGAGGAUAACAUGUCUCGCACUACAAGUUCUACACUUAAUACUAUUGACAAAGAAAAAAGCUCUAUCAGUUUAAUUGAUAAAGAGAAAGUUCAAAAUGUUUUAAGUAAAAAUCAGAGUCAUGAAUCAGACUUAACUUUUGAAAAAGAUGAUCCUCUAGGCGAGAAAAUAAUUGAGAAUCAUGAGGAUUCUCCUGCAAUUAAAAAAGAAGAACAAGAUAAUCCUAAUACGUCCUAUACUAUAAAUGAGAACGAUUUGAAUUCAACAGGGUCAUCUGAUGACUUAUUAGAAACACGAAACAAGACAGCAGCGGAAACUGAAUCCCUUGGAAGUCAUAAUAAUACAGAAGAAAUAGAGCCUAAUGAUCCUCACCAAAACGAAUUAAAUAUUCAUAAUGAUAACAAGCCUACGAAGAGCUUGGACCUGGAAUUGAAUAUUUCUAAUAAAACAAAAAACACUAAUAACUUAAUUAUUAAGGAAACCGAUGCUAGGACGAUGGAUUUAGAAAAAGAGGACUCGUUAAAUGCAAUUAAAAUACCAGUUACCGCUGAGAAUGAUAUCAAAUACCCGCGACCACAAAGUGUAAGACCUCAUAGUGUAAGACCUUCAUCCUCAAGGCCUGGAGCCCCUCGAAUGAGAGAGAGGGUUGACAAUGUCAUUAAAGAUACCGAUAAUUUACUGAUUGGAAAAGUGAAUAUUAUAGCAGAGAACACACAAAAUGAAGAAGAGGAAGAUACAAGCUUAGUAAUAAUGGAACAAGGUGAUGGAAGCACUGCGGUAGUACAAGAUCAGCAAGACUUAAAACUAUCGUCAAGUGAACACGGUCACCUCGUCCAACAGAUUUUGGAUUCUCAGAAAGAAUUGUCUCAAGUUUCAGGGAAAACUGAAAUAGAAUGGCAAUUCGGAGCACAAAGAGCCAGAGAGGCUAUGAACCAAGACGUAGAACAGCUCAGGUUUAAUAUACAAGCCCUGUCGCGAGUAGCGAACCCUCUUGGAAAACUAUUAGACCACAUUCAAGAAGAUGUAGAAGUCAUGCGCCAGGAACUACAACAGUGGUCAAAUAUUUAUGAAGAGGUUAACAAAGAAAUGCUCAAACAAAAAACCUUAAACGAAGAUUCCCUGAUGCCUUUUCACACAAAAUUAAAACAACUAGAUAGUGACAUCGAAGAAAAGCAUGGAAAAAUUAACGACCUUAAGAUAUUGAUUCACAAAAAUGCAAAUCGAAUUGAAAAACUACUAUCUAGUGGGAGUGUGUAA